AUGGCUACCAGUAUAGUGGAUGACACUAGCGUGUCUGGAACCCUGCUGCUGCUGCUGCUCUGUCUCCUGCUCAUCACGACCCGGUGCCUCACUAACGCCUCACACAUACCAGGUCCUUUCUUCUGGGCUGGUCUGGGUCCAAUCAUGUCCUACUCUAGGUUCAUCUGGAGCGGGAUAGGAACAGCCUGUAACUACUACAACAAGAGAUAUGGGAGUAUGGUUCGGGUCUGGAUCAACGGAGAAGAGACUCUCAUUCUUAGCAAGUCCUCUGCUGUCUACCAUGUCCUGAAGAGUGCCCACUACACAGCCCGGUUUGCCAGUAAACAGGGACUGCAGUGUAUCGGGAUGGACGGGAGAGGUAUCAUCUUCAACAGCGACAUCCCACUCUGGAAAAAAGUGAGGACAUAUUUUGCGAAAGCUCUGACAGGACCUGGUCUGCAGCGGACAGUAGGGAUCUGUGUGAGUGCUACAGACAGACACCUGGAGCGUCUGCAGGAGAUGACUGACCCCUCCGGACACGUAGAUGUUCUCAACCUGCUGAGAUGCAUCGUAGUGGACAUUUCUAACAAACUGUUCCUCCGGGUGCCUCUCAACGAGAAAGAGCUGCUAUUGAAGAUUCAACACUACUUUGACACCUGGCAAACGGUUCUGAUCAAGCCUGAUAUCUUCUUCAAAUGUGGAUGGAUGUACCAGAGGCACCAAAAAGCAGCCAAGGAUCUACAGGAUGUGAUGGAAAGCCUUAUUGAAACCAAAAGAAGAAUUAUCAGUGAAUCUGAAAAACUGGAUGAUGAUAUUGACUUCACCUCAGAACUCAUCUUUGCCCAGAACCAUGGAGAGCUGUCGGCGGACGACGUGAGACAGUGUGUGUUGGAGAUGGUGAUAGCAGCCCCAGACACUCUGUCCAUCAGUCUGUUCUUCAUGCUCAUGCUGCUGAAGCAGAACCCUGAGGUGGAGAUGAGGAUUGUAGAGGAGAUCAGCACUCUCAUAGGAGAGAAGGAUGUCAUGACAGUUGACUUCCAGAACUUCAGAGUGCUGGAGAGUUUUAUCAAUGAGUCCAUGAGGUUCCAUCCUGUGGUAGACUUCACCAUGAGGAAGGCGCUGGAAGAUGACGUCAUUGAUGGGACUAAGGUUUCCAAGGGAACCAACAUCAUCCUCAACAUAGGGCUCAUGCACAAAACUGAGUUCUUCCCCAAACCCAACGAAUUCAGCUUGGAGAACUUUGAUAAAACUGUGCCCAGUCGUUUCUUCCAGCCGUUCGGCUGUGGCCCCCGCUCCUGUGUGGGUAAACACAUCGCCAUGAUGAUGAUGAAGGCUGUCCUGGUGACGCUGUUGGCGCGGUACACGGUGUGUCCUCGUCAUGGCAACACACUGAGCAGCAUCAGGCAGACAAACAACCUGUCACAGCAACCCGUGGAGGAUGAACACAGUCUGGCAAUGAGGUUCAUACCAAGACAGAUGACCACAACCUAA